AUGGUGGAAGCAGCAUUAUCACUGGCUCCAGGAGAAGGCAAGCCGCCAGUACACAGAAAGCCAAAGCCAUCCAAAGAACACGAUAAAACGCCGCGCGGCAAGUCUGUGUCGGCGUCGCCGGGGCGGACGCUGUCGCCGUCGCCCGCCGCCUCCAAGGAGCCCAGCGUCGACAAAGAAAUCGCCAACAAGAAGGUGGAGAGCUCAGACAAGCCGGUGGACCCGCGGGAGGUGACACAAAAGCUGCAGGCGCUGCAGGUCACCGACGACGCGCCCGCGCCCGCGCCUCUAGCGGAUAAGGUACGUGUGACGUCACACCGUGCGCCGGCUGCGCUGUGA